AUGUCAAGUAUCACCAAUAGCGAUAUUCCUUCUCUUUUCAUUGGCAGGACAAAUCAUGCUGGGGAUCGAUAUAAGGUAUUUCUCAAUUUGACCAAUACCUCUUCUGUCUCUGCUCAACUGGACCCUGCUUUGUUUAGCAGUCGGGUUCUCGCGCUACUCAAUUCUGCUCAGUUCAAUGACUCGUCGACCAACCCUACAAACGCUUCAGACGGCUGGCGCCCCAGUUAUGAUCAGCUUGAAACUUGGAAAGUACUACAAGCCCGUCUGAAACUAAACUUUCCUGAACUGGCAAUACUCAGUGACGACGCCGACAAGGAUGCCGACGAAAUAUCUGGGAAUCUACCACGUCUACGGUCCGACUCUGGAAAUUAUCAUGCAUACUAUUCAUGCCAAUAUGACUAA